AGGUUCCUGAAGGAGUCAAUAAAAAAACAAGAGGGAUGCUGCGGCGUCCAAAACCCACUGACUCCGAGGAGGACCUCCUGAAGGAGCAGGAGCACUUUCUGACUUCUGGUGCUCCAUCUGCUGCCAGUGUGCUCCGCCGUCCUGACAAGAGGAGAGGAGGAGGAGGACAGAAUGGGGAAAAUGAAGGGAAUCAGAAGGAUGUGGUCACCAUAGAAGAUCUCCCAGAUGAACUGCCCUCUCUGACGCCAGCCCCUGCUAAGAAGUCCCGCUUUAAAGCCAGUCGUGUCACCUUUGAGGAUGAAGAUGCUGAAGACCGGCUGGACAAACAGGAUUCUCACAUCAGUGCGGUCCUCUCCAGGAUCGUUGAGAGAGAUACCAGCUGUGCUCCCAUAUCUCUGCCUGCGUUUACAGGCCUGGCUUUCCCCAAAGUUCUGCACCGUUCAGAAACCAGCAGUCAGGCACCACCGUCAUCAGUUAAAGGAAAGAAAAGCAUUUUUGCUCGUCAGAUUGCUGCCCAGAGACUAAAGGAGGGAAAGACGGUUUUACCCUGUUCCUCUGAAUCUCCUCAGACACUUGAAGCCAAAAAGCAGAGCCUCUCUCCUGAAGCUCAUUCUGGUCCCAGGUUGGUUUCAGGUGAGGGGCUUCAAGGUCCAGAUGGCUCAGGAGACACCAUGAGGAUCCACUUGGAGAAUCAGGUCAAGCUCCAAGCGAUGUCCCAGGCUGAGAUACAACAGGAGCAAAGAAAGCUCUUGUCUCAACUUGAUCCCAGACUGGUGGAGUUUAUUAGAUCUCGUAAAGCUCAGAGCGCUCCGUCCUCUGGAUCCCCGUCCACGCACUCCGCAGAGGGAAGCAAUCAGGAAGAUCCUCCUCUUGAAGCUGCAGACAGCAGAGACUCCUCCAAGGCUGCAGUUUCAUUUCCGACACCACAGGAGGCGGAGAUGGAGGAAGAAGAGGAACCACCAGCAGCAGCAGUAAGCGUGGAGGAUCUUCCUGUGAAGCCCCAGAAAGACUGGGUCCACAUGGACAAGCUGGAGCUGGAGAAGCUGGAGUGGAUGAGAGACUUGCCUUCACCCAGAAAAAAAGGAACCAAGAGGGCCAUGCAGGCUCGGUUCGACUUUGCAGGGACCUUAAUUCCACCAACCGAGGACCUGCCAACCCAUUUAGGGCUGCACCACCACGGAGAGGAGCCUGAGAGAGCAGGUUACUCCCUGCAGGAACUCUUCCUGCUGUCUCGGAGUCAACUUAUCCAGCAGAGGAGUUUGGCUCUUGGCACGCUCGCCAACAUCCUCUCCAAGGCACGAGCUGGAACCUACCUGUCGGUUCUGAAAGGCAGCGUUAUCUCCACCCUGCUCGACGCCGGCCUGCUCUUCCUGCUCCGCUUCGCUCUGGAUGAUAAUGUGGAAGGAGUGAUGUCUGCAGCUGUGCAUGCGCUUAAAGCACUCCUUGUGUGUGCUGAGGAUGAAGAGUGUUUGGACUGCACCUUCUCCUGGUUUCGUGGCAUGGCGUCUUUCCCUAUGCAGCCAUCUUCUCAAGAGGAGGAAGACGAUGAUGAUGAAGGGCUGGAUGAACUCAUGAAGGAGACGGCCAAGGAAAAGGAAGAGAAGAAAAGUGAUUAUGAUGUCAGCAGGCAGGAUGUUGUUAAGGGUCUGUUGAAGAUGAAGCUCCUCCCCAGGCUGCGUUACAUCCUUGAGGUCAUCCGACCGGCGCCUCGAGUCGUUCAGGACGUCCUGCAGGUUCUGACGCGGAUCGCUCGACACACCUCGUCAUCCGCCACGCAGGUGUUGGACUGUCCUCGACUGAUGCAGACGGUGAUGUCAGAGUUCCUUCCCACUUCCUGGACGUCGUCAUUGUCUCUCAGUCCUCAGUCUGUUUAUGGACACACACUCACCAGCGCCAUGAAGCUGUUAAGGGUUAUAGCUACCACUGGCAGACACGCCUGUGCCAGAUUGUUAAACUCUCUGGGAGUGAGGGAGCGGUUGUUGUGCCUCCUGAGUGCAGAGCCCAGUGAGCUGCUGCUGGAGCAGAGCGAGGCCUUCGGGAUCACCACAGAGGCCUACAGGCUGUGGACUGUAGCAGCCGGCUACGGUCAAGCCUGCAGCUUGUACACGGACCUGUAUCCAGCCUUAGUGAGGACACUGCAGUCUGUCCACAGCCUUCAGCCGUCCUCGGAUCCUCUGCCGUCUCUGCAGAUCCACCGUCUGUCAGCUCUGCUUUCUCUGCUCACACAAGUUACACACACCGCCGGCUGCCACCAGGAGCUUCAGGCUGGAGCGGUCAGCGCUCGAGGAGAAGAAUGCCCACCUCCGCCCCCCGUGUCCUGGAGUCAGGUCACUGGUUUGCAGGCGUCCUUGUUGGGACAUUUGAAGGGUUUCGUUAAGAACCUCGAUAAUCCAGCUCUGAAAGACAACAGCCUGGCUCUGAUACCCGUUUAUCUGCUUUACUUACAAACCUUCUACCAUCAACUCUCCAGACAGAGCUCCUUUAAGCCGGUGGAAACUCUACAAGAACUGGAGCUUCUGACCUCCGAGGUUCUUCUUCCCCUCAUGGGUCACAGUGUUGUUCAAGGCCUGAUAAAUAACCUCAGGUCUUCCUCAGUGGUGUGUAAUGUUCAGUUUAGUCCUCUGGGCCUGGAGACGACACCCAACCUUCCUGGUUUAGCCUGUUCAGGAUGGAGGAAUCGUCCCGGGCUGGUUGUUUCCAGCUCCCCCUUCCCCCUUUUAAUAGGAUUGGGACUCCUCUUGAAAACGAUCACAGGGAUCCAUAAAGGUCUCAGUAGGAAGUUCGCUGACCUCCUGCUGUCGGAGCCUGUGAUUGGUUACCUGCAACGCUGCAGUCAGGCCACACCCACUCUGUCUCACAGCCAGGCUUGGCUCCUUCGCCACGAACACCUCCUCCUGUACCUGCUGCUCCGGCUCGCACAAAGACUGGUUCCUGUUGAGCCAGAAGUAGCAAAAUAUUCUUCACUUUACCACAAGGUGGCGCUGGUGCUCCUCCCCUGGUUACUGCCAGGCAGUGAAUACCUGGCGCAUGAACUGCUCUCCACCAUUAUCUUUAACAAGGACUUUAUAUCGGAGGGACACAGUGGAGGACCGGAGGCUGUGGAGCUUGAGGAGCUCAAGCUUCAGGAGAGCCCACACCUCCACACCGCUCCCUCCCUCCAGACUGUGGGCGCUCUCCUGCGAGAAGCCUGCACCCAGCUGCCCUCCAUACGGGGCUGCUUCCUCACUUACCUGGCCCAUCUGGAGCAGUCAGUGUUCACAUCCCGAGAUGCUUUCCAGGGCCGUAAUCCGUGGAUCAGCUCCCAUCUCCUUCCAGAACUCAACGGCCCCGCAGUACCCUCUGACUGGCCUUUUCUGCCCCUCAUCAGCCUGUACGAGCGAACGGGGGUGUCUGCGGGUGGAGGCCUGGCUGUGGAGGAGCUUCCUCAUGGAGCUCUGCAGGCGGCGACUCACUGUCUGCAGUGGCUGCUGAUGCUGGAGGUCUGGAGGGAGGAUGCUCUGACGGUGAUCCCGCCUGUGGCGAAGCUCGCCCGCCUCUCCUGUGUGUUCCUGUGUUCAAGCGACCUGUUCCUGGAGAAACCAGUUCAAAAGCUAACCUGGGGACUGUUCAGACUUCUGACCAGGGGGUCCAAGCUGGACUUGUUAGACCUGGAUGUACCACCUCCAGGUCUCGCCUCCUUCCAGGAUUUGUACACAGCCCUGUUGACCCAGUAUGAGGCCGUGUCCUUUGGGGACCAGCUGUUUGGCUGUUGGGUGCUCUUGCCCUUGCAGAGGAGGUACAGCACCACCAUGAAGCUGGCUGUGUUCGGAGAGCACGUAGGGAUGCUAAGAUCCCUGGGGGUCACCCUGGAGGAGCUGUCCAUCCCCAUCGAGCGGUUCACCUCCCCGCCUGAAGACUCCCUCCCUCUUCUUCGGCUUUACUUUCGCUCCUUAGUGACGGGGACCCUGAAGUCCUCCUGGUGUCCUGUCUUAUACACGGUGGCUUUAUCUCACGUGAACGCUUUCAUCUUCUCUCAGGAUGCUGCAGCACAGGAGCUUGAAGCUGCUCGACAGAGUAUGCUGAGAAAAAUCUACCACCUGACUGAUGAGGUGUUGAGGAACCACUUGCUUCUCUUCCGUCUGCCUCAGCAGCAUCUUCAGCUUGGCUUUGACACGUACGAGCAGCUGCCUCCUAUCAGGGCGAAGCGUUUGGAGAGUGUUCUUGGUCUGCAGGGCUGCGGUGGCGACAAAGGAGACUGACUGGGAAAAAUGCCACAGAGGAUAAAGAGAAGAUGACACAAAGAGACAACAUGUGAAUUGAAAGAUGAGCCACGUCAAUCGGAUGGUGGAUGAGUUUAAAGUUCAUGUUGACCCGAGAGAUGCUACAGAAAUACACAGUUCAAAGUACAGAUGAGACGUGGUGUGUGUCCUGCAGCUCGUCUUGGGACUUUGCUCUUCAUAAAAUAUUUUUAACGCCCGGGACUGUUUUUGGCACCUGAGAGUAAAGACAGAUGUUCUGUAAAUGGUUUAAAAUGCUCUUUAUUUGUAAAUAAUACACG